AUGGCGCCUGCGUCCCUCAUGGUGCUGCUCGCCACCUCGGUCUUGCAGCCCUGCGCCAGCGACACCCUGCGCACGCAGGUUGCUCGAAAGCUGAAGGCGAGCGUGUCGGCACUGCCGCGCCCGAAUGCCAGCGAGCUGCGCGCGCAGGUCGAUCGCAGGCUCUCGAUGGCCUCGAUCUCGCAGGCUUGCCUCUCGGCCUGCCCCGACGCUCAGGACAUCUACAGCGAUAUCAUGACGGCGGCCAUGUCGCUCAUGGCCGAUUCCUCCGGGUCGUCUUCGGGCAUGCCCGAUAUGUCUGUCCUGGCGGAGCUCCAGUCGGCCGUCUACGACGCCUAUUGCACGCACCGCCCUGCGGUCAAGUGCAUCGCCGACAACCCGGUCGCCUGCAGCGAGGAGUCGCCUGAUAUCCUCGCCGUCGAGCCCCAGCUGGACUGCAUCUGCGACGAGUGCCCCAGCGCUAGGCAGGCGCUUGCUGAUUUCGGCACGGCACUCCUUGCAGCCAUGUUCGAGGCUUUCUCAGGCGACGGCUCCGACGGCAGCGGCGAUGGCACGACAGUUUCGGAGACGGAGCUGAUGUGUGCCAUGUACUCGUUGCUCAGUUGUUCGACCACAGCGCCCACCUAUUGCGGGCUCGACAUCCUUUUGCCUUCUAUGGAGCUGCCAAACGUGACCACCGACGAGCUGGCCUCGAUGGAUGGGACGUGCUCGAGCACCGACGUCGAGCCAGCUGCCGACAGCUCUCGUCUCAUCAGUCCGUGGUGGCUCUCAGCGGCCGUCCUGCCACUGGCGGCAGCACUUCGGUCCGAGUGA